CACCUUCAACAGAGUGUUCAACGAUUCACGAACGAUAACCCGCAUCUUUGGAAGUCCCUAGGAUUGCCUCACGAAUCGCAGAGGCACGCACAAAGCUGUGACCAAUAACCUAUUUACUGGCAUCAACAAUUUCAAAUUAAUUCUACACCUUUUCUGCAUAUAAGAAUCAUAACAAUAGAAAACUUAAAUUUAAUAAGAUGGUGUUUUUAAGCGCACAAUUAUUAGUAAGAUCUCGCGGUCCUGAUGAAUUCUGGCGAAAGCGACAAAUAUUUAAACUCGCUGCUCAUUUUUACGGAAGAAGAAGAAAUUGUUAUAAAUUAGCUAUCAAAGGAGUACAUAGAUCAUUAUUAUUUGCUACAAGAGCAAGGGAACUUAAAAAGCAAGAUAUGAAAGAGCUUUGGGAAACUAGAAUAGAUGCUGCUGCACAGGAACAUGGUAUUACUUUUAAAACGUUAAUGGAAGGAUUAACUAGAUGUAACAUUUUACUUAAUCGUAAAAGUCUAGCAACUUUAGCUGUUUGGGAACCAAGAACAUUUAAAUCUUUAUCCGAUAUCGCUUGUACAAAAGCAAAACUAGGACAAGUUAAAAAUGUUGCCAAUAAUUCUUUGCCUACAACUGUUAUAAGUAAAGGAUUAAUCGAUGAAUUGGAUUAAAUAUCGAAUAAAUAGAAUAGACUGUGAAACUUA